CUGUCCCCUCCCCUGCUUCUCCGCACCCUUCUCCUCUGAAUCCACCACCGUCCACCGCCAAUGGCACGGCCGCGUUGCAGCAACGCCGUCUUCGCGUCCUUCAACGUCCUCACCCUCCUCCUCGGCGCGGCCGUGCUCGCGAGGGGCAUCUACGCCGGCGCGCCCGGCCACCGCGGCGCCACCGGCUGCGAGCGCUUCCUCCGCGCGCCGGCGCUCAUCCUCGGCGCGGCCAUCGUGGCUGUCUCCGCGGCAGGCAUCGCGGGCGCUUACUGCCGCGCGUCGCUGCUCCUCUGGCUCUACCUCCUCCUCGCCGCGCUGCUCAUCCUCGCCGCGCUCUGCUUCGCCGCCUUCGCGCUCGCCGUCACCAACGCCGGCGCCGGGCGGGCCGUGUCGGGGAGAGGGUUCAAGGAGUACCGGCUCGGGGACUACUCCAGCUGGCUCCGGCGGAGGGUGGAGGAUGGCCGCACGUGGGAAAGGAUCAGGAGCUGCCUUGCGGAGGCCCGCGUGUGCCGGAGCCUGCAGAGAAACCGGACGCUCGACGAGUUCGUCAACGACAACCUCUCGCCGGUGCAGUCUGGAUGCUGCAAGCCCCCAACUGAAUGCAACUUCACAUACCUGAACGAGACCUAUUGGACCAAGCCCCCUAUCCCCAGCAAUUCGUCCAACCCUGACUGCAAUACCUGGUCGAACGACCAGUCCGAGCUCUGCUAUGGCUGCCAGUCUUGCAAGGCUGGCGUCCUGGGGAAUCUCAAGAACAGUUGGAAGAAGAUUGCCAUUAUCAAUGCUGCCUUCAUCGUGCUCCUCAUCGUCGUCUACUCCCUUGGGUGCUGCGUGCUUCGGAACAACCGGCGGCACAAGUACACCCUGGUUAUUGGGAAGUAUAGUAGAUAGAGUCUAGGUUGGAUCUUCUGAAGAUGUCUGCCAUGUAUAUGUGUGUUCUCUUGUUUCCCACUGUAACUGCUUCUGAUGGUUUUAUACUUUUAUGGAAGGAUGUUAUUCGAUGAGCCUUCCAUAGUUCCAUGUAACGGUUAUGUUCCAUGGUUCAUUGUGGUGUUCUUGUCUAUAUGAUAUAUAUGAGAAUAACAUGGAUUGGAGCCA